CGGAGUUGGAGGCGGAGGAGGAGGCGGCAGCUGAGGAGGGGGCCCAGCUGCUGCCGCUGCCGGGCCGACUGCGGAGCCCGGACACCCUGGCGGAUGUGGUGCAGGCCAACUGCCUAGAGCCCGACGGCGGGGGUGAGGACGAACACGUGUUCUGGGCCAGGAGGCGGGCGGCGGAGAGGGCGGCGGAGGCGGCAGCCGGGGAGGUGGCGGCAGCCGGGGAGGCAGGGGGAGCAGAGGGAGGAGGGGCCCAGAUUGUUCCCCCCUCCGCCCCCCGCCCGGCCGUGCUGGGGUUAUGGCCGCCAGCCGCCUACCUGAACCACUCCUGCAUGCCCAACACGCUGGCGUACCUGGUCGGCGACACCCUGUUCCUGCGCGCUAGCCGCAAGAUCAGUCGCGAUUCCGAACUCACCCUCUCCUACCUGCCCGCGGGGGCAGGCGGAGCAGGAGGAGUGGCAGGUGGGGGCGGUACGGCAGCCGCCCCCGCCACGCUGCUGUCGCCCCUGGCCGAGCGGCGGGCGGCGCUGGCGGGCGGGUGGGGCUUCCAGUGCGGCUGCAGCCGCUGCAGGGGGGAGGCGGCACUGGACCCCAAGCUGCGGGCGCUCAUGGCGGACGUGACGGCGGGCGUGGUGGCGCUGAGGGAGGAGCUGGAGACUGCCCUGGCAAUAGCGGAGAUGGAGGAGGGGGCGGGCGGGGAGGAGGAGGAGGAGGCGGAGGAAGCAGCGGAGGAGGAAGUUGACGAGGAGGAGGAGGGCGAAGAUGAGGGAGGGGAGCAGGAGGAGGAGGAGGACGAGGGUGGUGACGGGGGGCGGUGGCGGGAGCAAGUUGGCAGUAUCGCCGACCGCGCCGGGCUGUUCGUGGAGCUGCUGGACGCCGCCAUGGCCAAGCUGCGGCUGAGCGGGCAGCAGCAGAUAACGGCGCAGUCCGCUGUGGUGCCCCUCUACACGCUGCUGUGGGCCGCUCUGGGGGCCCGGGGGGAGCUGGAGCCGAGGCUGGCGGAGCUGGUGGCGGCGCUGGUGGGCGAGGUGACCCCCGGGUCGGCCGACCACCUGUGGUGGAGCGCGGUGGCGCUGGAGACGGCAGAGAUGAUCGUGGCGGAGGAGAAGGCCGAAGAGGAGGAGGCAGCAGCCCUCGCAGCAGCCGCUGCAGCGCCGUCUUCACCCUCAGCGGUGACGUCAGCACCACCUCCUGCCGUACGACAAGGUAGCAGCAGUAGCAGCAGUGGAGGGGGUGGUUUCGGAGGCGGCGGAGGGGGCCGGUGGCGGCGGCCGGCUGAUGACCGGGUAGUGAUUGCGGACCGAGCGUGCUACAAGGCCUUCAGUACCAGGUACGGCCCCAUCAGCCGGGGCGUGUACCAGUCGCUGCUGCUGUCGCGGAGGCAGCGGGAGGACGAGGCAGCGGCGGCAGAGGCGGCAGAGGAGGAGUGAGGAGGGGGGAGUGGCUGGGGAGGGUGGCGGCGGUAGCGUUGGAGGGGGUGGUGGUAGCGUUGGGGGAGUGAGUGGCCGGGGCGGUUGGGAUACUGCCGGCGGGUCAGUAGCAGUAGCAGGGGUGGAGGUGGUGGUGCGGUAUGAACCGUAUUGAUGGCGCAGUAGCAGCGGAAUGAGGAGGAGGAGGAUCACAGCCAUGGCAGCAGGACGGAAGGGGAGUGCGGGUUGGUGCGGGCAGCAGCACCCGGGGCGGCGGCAGAGCAGUGGCAGGGGUAGAGUGGCGGAGGUGGUGGUGUAAGGGGGCGUACGUAGAGACACAGUAGCGAUAAAAUGGUGGGAAGGGUGGGAAAGAAGGAAGGGUGGGAAAGAAGGAAGGGUGGGAAGGGCGUCGCUCGUAUGUCUCUGAAGCCCGACCUUCGUGCCACGAUCUACGACAAGCUAGUGGCUGUUGGGGCGGCUGGUGUCCUUCUCUUGUGUAGCUGUUCACAACGAUGCAUGCAGCAGUGGCCCGUGCAUAUCCACCGCGAGUGGCAAGGAGCGUACCUCACACGUGGCAGGUGCAAAUGAAAACGGAGGGCCAGCCACUAGGGCCCUGAAAUGAAG